GUGGCGCGAUGGUUUCCGGGGUCGACGGCCGCCAUGUCGCUGGCUCCCGGCUCCGGCUAUAAACAGAAGGGGGAAGGCGAUGGAUGAAGGAGACGCGGUCAGGUGGGCGAUCGCACGGUUUGCUCCUUGCAGGGGCUCCAGCAGCCUGUGACCGGGGCGGUGAAGGAAGUUAGUUAGUUCUACGGGAGACGGGCUGUGAGGAUGAGCGGGUGUUGCUGAGGGAGGGAAGGAAGGAAGACAUCAGCAGGCGACUAUAGGGCAGACUAGAGACACAGAGCUCGGGGCAGUGUCUGGGACCGGCUGCUCCCUCAUUUUACCACAGCUUUUACCUCGUGGAUUGCAUAACCAUUGAAAGUGGGAUUUCCCCCCCAGAGAAAACGACCUCCAUCGAUUAAAAUCUGGCAAUGUCAGUGCAGAGAACACAUGCCCACUAGCUAGCUAGACUGCCAGCCUCCCUUCCUGCCCACCCACCUAUCUAUCUACCUGCCUAGCUCCCUGCAUACUUCCCUACCUUCCUUCAUUGUGAGUGUCCGCAACCAUAUUACUCCCUGGCUGCUGAGUCGUUUCCUUUCAUUCCGAAGGAGAACAAUAGUAGAGGGGCUUCAUAGAUUGAAUUAGGGUCUGAGACUUGUCUCUCAUCCUUUCCUUCACGCCCCCACUACCCGCUCUCCAACGUCGCAGUCAACCCCCUUGCUGCCUUCUCCCGUCUAUAUUGGCUGCAGCAACAUUUUAAAACAUCUUCAAGAUGUCAGCUUCACCUAUUGAUAAGGUAAAUCUGCGCCUUAUUUUAGUUAGUGGAAAGACUCAAGAGUUUUUGUUUUCACCGAAUGAUUCUGCCUCGGAUAUUGCAAAACAUGUCUAUGAAAACUGGCCCGUGGGUUGGGAUGAUGAACGGAUCAGUAGUCCCACUAUUCUUCGGCUUAUUUACCAAGGAAGGUUUUUGCACGGGAAUGUCACUUUGGGAGCCCUUAAGCUUCCUCCAGGAAGGAUGACAGUGAUGCAUUUAGUUGCCAGAGAAACAUUGCCAGAACCGAAUUCCCAAGGUCAAAGAAAUCGGGAGAAAACUGGAGAGAGUAAUUGCUGUAUGAUCUUAUGAAAACUGCUUGUACACUGCAAAGGCUAGUCAAUGAACACUUUUUAAGGAACUUAAGAAUUUUCCCAGAGUCUUUGCAUCCAAGUGAUUUGUAUUCACUUGAUUGACACUGACUUGAGUAAUCCUCAUAAAUCCAUAGAAUUAUAUUAAGGAUUUAUCCUAUUGAAGAUGAAUGACUGCAGAAGAUCUUUCAAUAUCAACAUCUGUACAAAAGAGAAUGAUCCUGCUUUGGAGAAACAGCAAUAACUUGGGAGGCAAAUCUUUCCACACUUUUUCCUGAUUAUCUGAAACUCGUUUUUUUUCCCCCUUUCCAUUUUGAAAGCAUUGUCUUAUUGGAUGCAGCCCCCUCUUGUGGCUUAUCUAGGUAACUUCAUCACAUGUAGGUCCAGACAUUGAAUCUGAAUGGACUUACCCGAUCACCGUGGAAUCGUAGCUCAGCCUGAUGCUCUUCUGAUCUGAUGUCCAAUUAUAAAUCUUGCAGCAAAAUCACUAGAUAGUGAUCAGGAGCGGGAACCCUGCUGUUGUCUUUUUUUUUCCUCCCCCUAUUGAUCUUGGGAUGGUGAGGCCAAUUAUAGAAUUGCUAUUUUGUAGGAUAGGUGAUAAAACUACUCGGCAUGUCAGGCAGCAAGUGUGCAGGGAAAUGGACAUGUCAGGGUCAUUCUUUGAACUGAUGGAGUACAAGGGAGAUAGGUGGUAGAAAAGGGGGAGGUGUGUGUGUGGCAAGAGCUAGCAAGUGAUGGGUCCACCUAGGUAAGGGGUUGUCUAUCCUUUUUCCCUUUGCAGAUACUGACCGUCUUGCUGAGUCCCUCCAGUAGUUUGUUUUUCACUCAAGACUACAGCAUCUUCAGUCUCUUGUUUCUCCAUUUGGUGGGAAGAAGUGUCUAUGAUCAUUGGGAUUUGGAUUGAUCAGACUAAGAUGUUGUGACUGCCGUUUAAUUUCUUCCAGCUGUAUCCUGAGAUGGAGAACCUGAGAUACUCUUGCUUUUGAUGAUAGUUGUGGUUAAAGUUGGCUUCAAUAACGAUUGCAAAUAUUUCAGCAUGUGCUCUUAGUAAUGGGUCCUUUUUAAAAUUAAAAAACUCGGAUGGUUGGGUAGUGUCCAUGCUUAUUUAAAAAUGCCAGGAAGAUACUUGAUGACAGGGAGAUGUUGUGCUUUGAAAUCCAUCAAUCAUGUUGCAGAUGCUUUGGAAUGUUCCAUUUAGAGUUUUGUCAAGAAAUCUUGCUUUUCUGGUGUAUGGUUUGCAUGCUUGGAGUUUUUCCAAAGAAAAAAAAUACUGUUAAUUCUUAUAGAAUGAGAUUACUGCUGUAUUAAAUCUCAAAGAUUUGUCCCACCCUUUCCCUUCGAUUCGAUAGUUUGGAGUAGAAAUGCGAGUGAUAUUGAUUCUGCUGUAGUGCAUGUGCAACCUUGCCAUAGGUUCUUUGAUUUAAAAAACAAUUUAAGUGGCAUGUAUUUCAAAGUAGUGUAGUACUCUUAAUGUUGGCUAGAAUUAAGUCAUGCUGCAGACUGAAAUUUGUACGGCCUGAACUGUACAUUAGUGUUUGGUUGUUUUGCCAUUCAAUUUGAUUCUGGGUGAUUGGACUUCAAUUCAUUUAAAUAUCCUGGAUCUAUACUCUAUCCUUCAUUAUCAAAGUUCUAUUAGUCUCAAUUUUUGAACUUUGACCUAAAAAUGACAGCUGCUUUUUUGUUUUGUAUCAAAAUUGAUUUCCAUCCCUUUGGUGUCAUUUUAAUAUAGAUUUUACGGUUGAGUAGGACGGGAUCUACACCAAGAUAUUCAGUGCUGGUGUAACUCAGUAGGUCAGGCAGCAUCUCUGGAGAACAUGCAUAGGUGACAUUUCGGGUUGGGUGAAGGAUCCUGACCCGAAACGUUGCUAUCCAUGUUCUCCAGAAAUGCUGCCUAACCCACUGAGUUGCUCAAGUUUUCUUUUGUAAACCAACAUCUGCAGUUCCUGUAUCUCCUUUGAAUCUACCCUGUCAGAUCCAUUAUUUUAAACACUUCAGAUAAUUUGCCAUUGAACCAGAUUUAUGGAACCUGUGCUCAUAAUUUAAUCCCUUAAAUAUUAGUAUCAUUCCAAUAGUAUAAAUUUAUUGAUCUACUUCCACAAAAGUACCUCAAUUAAGAUUUUAUUGAUACAAUGUACAAUUGGGAAUAACAUCUGGUUUCAAAUCUUCCAAAUUCUAGUGGCCUUGAGAUAAAGGACAACUUUCCAUCAAAGACUUUCUCUCCCACGUGUACAAACACCAUUGCACAGAUAGAAAGGACCAGAUUUUGCUGAACUGGUCAACGUUUGGUCUAACCUGUGCAAAUUUGAGAGGGAUUUUCCUCCUAACUUCCAUAACAGAGAGAUUGGCACUUGAAAUGGGGUUCUUGUACCUCAAAGCCUUGGUUUUGUUUUUCUAAGUGUGUGUCUAACUCUACAGAGGGUGUGAUGACCUCACCUGGUGUAGACUUGGCUUGUAUCCACAGGCAGAGCCUGACUUGACGCUAAAGAAUUAUUCCAAUCCUAACUAAACUUUAUAAACCAUCUUUAUUAUUGGGGAGAAGCUGAAGAGUGUUUGAACCAUUACCAAACUUGUAGCAAAAUUGCUGGUCAGUGGUGCUCCAAGUUGACAUUAAAUACAAAAGAUAGACUCAAAGUGCUGGAGCAACUCAGUGGGUCAGGCAGCAUCUCUGGAAACAAGGAUGGGUGAAGCUUCAGGCCAGAUCCCUUCUUCAGACUGGCAUUAAAUACAACUUGUUUAAAAUUACUUUUUUCUAGGAUAGUGCAAUGAGUCCCCUUGAUGAGUGAAUUAGUUUUCAGCAUUGAUCUGUGCUAUUUGGUUUGUAUCUGGUCUGUAAGUCUGCAGCAUGAGCAUGUGUGGAUCAUGGUAAAGAUGAUACAGUUGGUCUCGCUUGCCUUUUAAUUUACAAAAGGAACUACAGCUGGCUUCUCGCACUGAUCUUUUUGCAGCACAGGGCCAACCUUUAUGCCCAAAGACCAAUUGCUUUAGUUUUUAUUCGUGAUGCACCUGCAUUUCAUUGAUCUAUGCAUUCUCAAUGCUUCCAUAUCUGGAUUUUGUUCACCCCUUUUUCUAACCCCAGUUGAAGUCUGCCCUACAGAUGGUCACUAAUGAACCUCUCGCUGCAGAAUGAACAAAUGGAAAGUGGUCUUUAAAGUUUGCUAGCUGGAAUUCAGAACAAAUGUUUCACACUAAUUGAGCGGUCAAAACCAGAAGGAAUUGACAUCUUGAAAUGUUUCCAUUUUCUGUAGUUCAGAAUUCCUGAAUUAGAGGAAUUGUUUAACUGAGGAAAGAAGUACUCUUUAACUAAAUCAUGACAAAUGUAUGAUAUUUAGUAAUUGUAUGAUUCAAUUUAACACGGGUAUGUGUUGAUACAACACUUAUUUCUGUCAAUGGGUUGGAUAUGCCUGCUUUUAAAAACUUGUUUAAAUAAUUUUUGGAGCUGCUUAAAUGUAUAAAAGCUUAAAAAUAUAACCAGUGUAAAACUUGGAGCAAA